AUGGCCCAAUUACACGUUUUGGAUGAUCUUGGGCUCUCUAUCACUGGUUUGGCGAGUAAAUACCCAUCUCACUCAAUCACAACAGCAUCAUUAGAGCGAAUCGGCGCUCGUCACUAUCCUGACUCUCCAUUGACAAAGAAGCUCCUAGCCCUGAAUGAUUCGUCGGGCAUUCUCAGCAGGCCAUCAGUUCAUGAUCCAGAUGAUCAGCUUAUUAACCAGGACAGAGCACCAUCCAUCUCCGAGGUACAUCAAAGAUUUCUUGAAAGAGGCGUGCCACUUGCCAUCGAGGCAGCACAAUCUGCUAUUACAGAAGCACAAACUAGCCCCUCCUAUAUCACUCACAUGGUCUCGGUGACAUGCACGGAUAGUGCGAACCCGGGCUAUGAUCACUACGUCGGAAGGGGCUUAGGAGUUCCAAACUCUGUGGAAAAGGUGCUUCUGCAUGGUGUCGGCUGCAGUGGUGGCCUAGCUGCUCUAAGAAUGGCUGCAAACCUAGCCCUCGGACAUGCCAGGAGAGGCAAGCCCGCCAGGGUUCUAGUUGUUGCUCUUGAAGUCAACUCGACAUUGGUCCGAAGUGAGAUGGAUAGCAUGAGCCAGCUCGGCGAGCUGAGAAUAGGUCUGGCGCUCUUCUCCGACGGUGCUGGUGCGUUAGUACUGAGCAACAGCAUCGACGAGUCUACUCGUCCCGUCUAUUCUUUGUUGGGAUGGCAACAUCGUAUCAUACCCGAUACAGAGGACGACCUGGGCUUCAAUGUGGAUCCUCUUGGUAAGGAUGAGAACAUCUUAGCUCACCCGAACUGUGCAAGAAAGCUGAAUGAGAUGUUAGGGUGGAAAGUUGUCCUGUCUCGCCGCAUUCCCGAGCUCACAAAGUCCGCUCUUCAACCCAUGUUUUCAAGCUUACUUGAGAAUACGCCAUGCUUUUCAAGCCAGCACGCCUCGGCCUGUGACUUUGACUGGGCUAUUCAUCCAGGCGGUGCAGCUGUCUUGGCUAGCAUACAAGAGGCACUGGCCAUCCCAGGUGACGAGAUGAGAGCCAGCUACGAUACCUACAGGGAACACGGAAAUUCGAGUUCUGCGGCCAUUUUCACCGUGUUAGAUCGCCUUCGGAGUAAGGAGAGAAUUGAUGAUACCCAAAAUGGAAAGAGAAAGGUGUAUACUGUUGCUUGCGCGUUCGGGCCGGGGGUCGCUGUUGAGAUGUGCAUGCUCAAAAGAUCCGAUAGCCAUUCUGAGCUCUAG